CCCACCCAUCAUUCUAUCUCCUGGUCAGACUCUCAACUCCUCCUUUACCUCUUUUUUGUUUUUUUACCUAUUUUCGGUCUUUUCCUUCUUCAUUUCCCUCCCCUCUUCCCCUCCUGACACUCUCUUUUUAAUUCUCUUGUCUAUUCCUGUCUCUUUAUCUCCCUCCCUCCCUCUCUUUCUCUAUCUCUGUCUUUCAGAUGUCAGGCUGUUUUUUGCUGCACGUUAUACAUGUACAGCUUAUCCAUGCCCUCACAUAUCCAGCAGGAUUCCUUGUUUUUUCUAUCUGGAAGAGUAACAAAUAAAACAGAAGAAAGAGGAAUAAAAUAUUGCGGUGUCAGGAGCAGUAAGUCAGAGUAUGUCCAGACUGUGAGGAGUAAAUGCAGGAACAACCCUGGCCUUGGAACAUGAUUGGCUGUGAGAGCCUGAAGGGGUGACAGCCUGAAAGGUGGCCGCUCCAAUGGCGUGGACCGAGCCACAGUCGAGUCCAGACCCAAAGCCAGAACCAAAACCAAAACCUUACACUCUCAGGACUCACACUUUUCCAUCAGCCAUCCUUCAAGUCCAGCCUCCAGUUUUACUGCCCUUCUUUCUCCUGCUUGCUGCAUUUGCUGACCUAGGUAUUGCUGGUCCACUCCAGCCAGCUUGCCCCCCUCUCCUGUCUGGACAGCCUUUUAUAAUCUUCUGGGGCAUCCCUGACUCUUCCUGCUCCGGUCGGCCAGAUCCUAGAACCUUUGGGAUGGAACGGGAGGGCCGUGUGGCCGUCUUUUACGAGGACACACUGGGGAAUUACCCUUAUUUUAUAGAUAAGGACACACCGGUCAAUGGGGGUCUACCCCAGCACACACGGCUGGAUAACCACCUCCAAAAGACACAGCAGGACUUGGAGGCAGUUUUACCUGCCCCAAGGUACCUUGGGCUGGGGGUGCUGCGUUAUGCAGAGUGGGUCCCCCAGUGGUCAAGGAACAGAGAAAGGCAGGCGAUGUAUCUGGAGGCAUCGAGAAACCUGCUGAAGACUUUCUUUCCUCACUGGACCCCUGAAGAGGUGGAGAAGUGGUCACAGGUGGACUUCGAGGCAACAGCCCAGUCAGUAAUAGUGGAAACUCUACGGGAGGUCAAAAGGUUAAGGCCCAAAGCAUUAUGGGGCGUCUCCCCUUACCCCAGCUGCUACAAUGGCGAUCCAACCCAAACCAUAUUAGCCAAUUUUACCGGCCAGUGCCCUGCUACGGAGAUGGCCCUUAAUGACGAGCUUCUGUGGCUAUGGAAACGAUGCUCUGCCCUCUACCCUCUCCUCACCCUGGAGAAGCUGCAGAGUGGGACCCCGGGAGCCAGGCUUUAUUUGUCCAGUCAAAUCAGAGAAUCACUACGAGUAUCAUCUCUGACUGGGACUGCAUUUGAUCUUCCUGUAUUCCCAUUGGUCAAGAGUGUCUAUGCAUCAACAAACACUUUCCUGUCACAGGCAGACCUGGUCAGCACCAUAGGAGAAAGUGCUGCCAUGGGAACAGCCGGAGUUGUCAUCUGGGAGAGAAGUGAGACUAAGACAGAGAGAGAGUGUCAGGACCUGGCAGAGUUCGUCCGUAAGGUCCUGGGACCCUACUCCACCAACGUAACCACGGCAACUCGACUCUGCUCAGCCUCUUUGUGCCAGGGAAAGGGCAGAUGCGUUCGUCAAAAUUCAGAAAGCUCUGCAUACCUCCACCUCCCACCCCCAUCCGAAGUGGUGGAGAAGGUGACUGAAAAGGCAGAGGCAGCAAAAGCCACAGAUCAGCCAGACACAAACACUAAACCCGCUGAACCAGACCCAGCUGAGAUCUGGAAGAAGGACUUCCAGUGCCAGUGGUACAAGACUGCAGACGGGGACGUCUCGGACCAGCAGUCCCCCCAAGACGGAGCGUCUGUUGGGGGUACAGUAAAAGAGAAUGCUGGAGAUGUAAUGGGGACUACAACCACUUCAACGAUAGCUUCUACGACAGCUUUUAGAACAAAAGGUGCCUCUGUAAUUGAGUUAAGAGGAAGCAGUUCACCUGGUACUGGAAGUCCAACGCCUUCACUGGAAGUAACUACAGACGGUGGAACGAAGCCAUUGAGUGCCCCAAACAUGACUGUUCUGCUGUUGCUGGUGACUGGAAGUUUAUGCUUGGAACCUUAAAAUGUGAACAAACCAGCCUCUUCACCUGAAAGGUCUGGGCUAUAACUGCAAUAUGAGCCCUCCUGAAGUGCCCUUGAGCAAGACACUGAAUCCCUGCUAGCUGCAGGUGUGCUGCUUUGUAGAGAAAAAAAAGGACAGCUCUCAGAGCUCAAAACUCCAAACCUAUCACUGAAUGUGCCAAGAGACAGUAGUGGUACACACACUUGUCAUUUUUUUUCAGAUUCUACAGGCUGUAUUUAAACAUUUUAAGAGAAAGGAGAUGUGACAAACUAGAUAGACUAGACUUAUUGUCAUGUCAAAUCAGCCACGUUAUACCAUGACAACAGAUACAUGUGAAACCUGCACUGAGGUUUUUUUUGUCUUUGCACAUUAUGUUUUUACAAUUACUUUGUCAGUCUUUUGUUAUAUGGGAAUUAUUUUGUAAAUUUAAGGCCUAUUGUACUUAGGAGUUUUCUUUCUGUUAAGUAGAUGUGUUGGGUUAAAGGGCCAGUUUACCAAAAAAAGAA